CACGCGAAGAGAUUUUGAAUUCGAAGGAAUUGUUGAAUGAAGAGAUUGGAGAAGAAUCAAAUUUGGAUUUUGACGGUUCAAUUGGCGAAUGGGUUCAAGCGAUUAUGCAAAAUGAUGAUAGUAGUGAUGCAAAGAGCAGUGAGGAGGAGAAAGGCGACAGCAGUAGCGAGUCGUCUGGAGGUGUUGCCUCAUUGAUCGCGUAUUUGCUACGUUUUGAACCGUUGGAUGUGAACAGAGUGGAUAGCGUUUGCACGAGAUCCGAGGCUGUCACUCUGGGCUAUGUGACGGGAGCGAAUCCGUUGAUGUUGGCAUGUUUGCUGGAUGAAAUGCGAAUGGAUUUGGCGGCAGAGGAGCGAUUUUUGGAUUUGAAUCGAUCGCAGAAAAUGACGAUUGCUGAGACUGAAACGUUUUUUGAAGUGUUCGCGAAUAUGAGUGCCGAUCUGCAACAGAAAUAUUCGAGUGCUUUAGUGAAACGA